AUGAAAGAAGCUGAGAAGCCAUGUGCAGGGGACAAAUUCUGCUGCAUUUCCAAGCUGAAGGUAUUUCUGCUGGCACUAUUACUUGCAUUUGUUGGUAAAACGAUGUCUGGUGCUUACAUGAACAGCAUGUAUACACAGAUAGAGAAACAAUUCAAUAUUCCAGCUUCUUUGGUGGGGAUCAUUAAUGGAAGCUUUGAAAUUGGUAACUUGCUGCUGAUAGCAUUUGUGAGUUACUUUGGAGCAAAGCUUCACAGACCCAGAAUAAUUGCUCUGGGCUGCACAGUUCUGUCAUUUGGAUGUCUUUUGAUAUCACUUCCUCAUUUUCUAUUUGGAAGGUAUCGUAUUGAAAGCAGUAUUUCACAACAGGAGAAUUUUUCAGUCAUGCCUCUGUGCCUUGUUAAUCAAAGCUUGUUCUCUUUAUCUACAGAGGAACCAUCAACAGAAUGUGAAAAAGAGCCUGGGUCCUUGCUGUGGAUAUUUGUGAUGGUUGGAAACAUAGUACGAGGAAUGGGUGAAACUCCCAUCAUGCCUUUAGGCAUUUCAUAUUUGGAGGAUUUUGCCAAAGCAGAGAAUUCACCUUUCUACCUGGGAUGUCUACAUACAGCAACUGUAAUCGGCCCCUUCCUUGGUUUCUUGUUGGCAUCCUUCUGUGCAGAACUGUUUGUUGAUCUGGGAUCCGUAGAUGCAGAGGACAUAACUAUAACAGCUACUGAUGCCCGUUGGGUUGGAGCAUGGUGGCUGGGCAUUUUGAUUUGUGCAUCACUGAAUCUUCUUGCGGGAAUACCUUUUUGGUUUUUGCCCAAGUCACUUGUGAAGGAAGGUGAAACUGAGGAGAUGAGUAAAAAAAGUGUAAUACCAUUGCAAGAAAAUGAUAAAAACGAGGCCAAACAGACCAUGUAUGAAAUUGCUAAAGAUUUCAUCCCAUUCCUCAAGGCUCUGUUUCGCAACUCAGUUUAUAUGUUAUUUAUAUGCACAACUGUGUUACAGUUCAGUGCCUUCAAUGGCAUGAUAUCCUUCAUGCCCAAAUAUCUGGAACAGCAGUUUGGAAAAUCUGCAUCAGAUGCCAUCUUUUUAAUUGGUGUUUACAACUUACCCGUUAUAUGCGUUGGGUAUUUUUUGGGAGGUUUAUUCAUGAAGAAAUUCAAGAUAAAUAUCUAUCAGGCUGCGAACAUAGCAUUUUGGGUAUCUUUACUGGAAUACCUUCUCUACUUUGCUGCGUAUUGGACGAUCUGUGAUGCUUCACCAGUUGCUGGCCUAACAGUUUCCUAUGAAGGAAUAGAGCAAGUUUCAUAUACAGAAAAUACUCUACUUGCUGGCUGCAACAGGGAUUGUGAUUGCCCACUUAAAAUAUGGGACCCUGUUUGUGGGAACAAUGGAAUCACCUAUGUGUCACCUUGUCUUGCUGGGUGUAAAGCCUCAAGAGGAACUGGAAAAAAUGUGGUAUUUGAAAACUGCACCUGUGUUGCAACCUCAGGGUUUUCAUCUCAAAAUGUUUCUGCAAUUCUGGGCCAGUGUAAUGGAGAAGACGACUGUCACAAGAUGCUUAAUUAUUUUUUAAUAUUGUCAUUAGUCUGCAGCUUCAUUUUUUCCUUAGCAGCCAUGCCUGGGUACAUGGUCUUAAUAAGGUCUCUAAAGCCUGAAGAGAAGUCAUUUGGAGUGGGUAUCCAUGGACUAGCUUCAAGAGUAUUUGCUGGAAUUCCAUCUCCAAUUUAUUUCGGAGCUUUGAUAGAUACCACUUGCUUAAAGUGGGGUACUACGACUUGUGGUGGUGAAGGAGCAUGUAGGAUGUAUGACAUCGUCACAUACAGGUGGCUCUAUCUUGGCCUGCCAGCAAUGUUACGUGGAGCGUCCUAUAUCCCAAGUGCACUAAUUCUCCUUAUUUUAAAGAAGAAACUUAAAUCUGAAAGCCAAGUCUUAUUAAAUGCACCAGUAGAAAUGCAAGAUAGAGAACAUGAAGCAUUGAAAUAG